AUGCCUGCUACCACGGCGGACACGCUCUCCCUCGUCACGCGGACCGUCACCGUUGCUCCGCUGGUACUUCUCUCCGUCGCAGAUCACUAUGGACGCUCCGCCAAAGGAACCCGGAAGCGAGUGGUCGGUGUGCUGCUAGGAGAACACAUGGGUGGAAAUGUCCGGGUAUCAAACAGUUUCGCCGUCCCAUUCGAAGAGGAUGAGAAGGAUCCGUCUGUGUGGUUCUUAGAUCACAACUUUGUCGAGUCAAUGCGAGACAUGUUCAAGAAGAUUAAUGCCCGCGAAAAGCUGGUUGGGUGGUAUCACUCAGGCCCGAAACUGCGCGCUUCCGAUCUUGAGAUCAACGAGCUAUUCAAGCGAUACACACCAAACCCUCUACUGGUCAUUGUAGAUGUGCAACCGAAGGAGGUUGGCGUACCAACCGAUGCGUACUUUGCGGUGGAUGAGAUCAAAGAUGACGGUACCACUACAUCCCGAACGUUCGUGCACACUCCAUCUACGAUCGAGGCAGAAGAAGCAGAGGAAAUUGGUGUGGAACACCUACUCCGAGACAUCAGAGACGUUGCUGUCGGAACCCUCUCCACCCGCAUCACAUCGCAACUUCAGUCCUUACAGGGCUUACACCUCCGCCUACGUGAUAUCGGCCAGUACCUUCAAAAAGUCCUCGAUCAUGAGCUACCGGUAAACCAUGCUAUUCUUGGUAACCUCCAGGAUGUCUUUAACCUCCUUCCCAACCUAUCCACACCGGCCACUACCCCUCGCGUCGGCGGCGAGCCAGAACAGUCAACAGACAACGCUGAGUUGGCUCGCGCUAUGAGCAUCAAGACAAAUGACCAAUUGAUGGCCAUCUAUUUGAGCAGCUUGGUCCGCGCCGUCACCGCGUACCACGACCUGAUCGAGAACAAGAUUCAGAACCGGCAACAGCAGGAGGAGGUUGAACAGAAGAGGGAGCAGGAGGCUAAUGCCGCGAAGAACGAGAAGGAUGGCGCAAAGAAGGCCAAUGGUACUUCUGAGCAGAAGGAGGACGAGUCCAAGGAGAAGAGCAAGCGGUAG